AAACUGUCAUGUGAGGGUCUAGUUUGGGUUCCAGACGAACAGUCACUUUUCGAAGAACUGGAAUCGUUGGUGAAGAGAUCAGAUCCAGAUAUUCUAUUCGGUUACGAUACCGUUCGCCUUUCCUGGGGUUACGUUCUCAGGAGAGCUACAGUUCUUGGAUAUCCGGACUUUAAUCAAAAACUCGGCAGAUAUCCACGAGGGUAUCAAGCUCCGUUAGAUCGCCAUUACGAUCUUUCUGAAGACAUGAAACCUCCUUCU